UACAGGCGAUAAAAUAAAAAGUUAAAAACUAGCUCAGAGGUGGGGGCUCACAAUUCCACCACAUAACUGUGUUCCUGCCGCCCGACUGUUGGUCCAUAUCAUCAAUGCCUCAGAAAAGCACGCAGAAUCUAACUGCAGAUACAUGCACUGAUACACGUUUAUUAAUCUAUAAAUAUCUAUCUAGUUUCACAUGUUUUCCAAAAGAAAAAAUCUAUCUAGUUUCAACAGACACAAUGAGUCCUUCAACAAUUACCAUCCUUCUCCUCUUCGUUGCCCUCAUCUGGUUUCUCAUCGCUGCAGCCUUCUCAAAACCAAAGCACAAGAAGCUACCUCCUGGACCUUUGGCACUACCGGUCAUUGGUCACCUUCAUAUGCUAGGCAAUCUCCCACAUCGCAGCCUCCAACACUUGGCCAAAAAAUAUGGACCCAUAAUGUCUAUUCGCCUUGGGAAUGUACCCACCAUACUAGUCUCGUCCCCGAAAGCUGCAGAGCUAUUCCUCAAAACUCAUGACGCCAAUUUCGCGAGCAGGCCGACAGUCCAGGCCUCAGAGCACCUAGCUUACGGCACAAUGGGCCUGGCGUUUGCCAAGUACGGCCCCUAUUGGCGCCAUGUGAGGAAGCUCUGUACCCUCGAGCUUCUUUGUCCCUCGAAAGCGGAGGCUUUUGCGCCGCUGCGAAGGGAGGAGAUAGAACUGUUGGUGCAGUCGCUGAAGAAAGCUGGAGAGGGAGGUGAGGUGGUGGAUGUUAGUGACAAGAUUUAUGGCGUUGGUGAGGAUAUAACGUAUAGGAUGAUAUUGGGUUGCACAAGGGAUGAUGCUAGGUUUGGUUUGAAGGAGAUUGUUCACGAAGUUUCGUUGUUAACCGGGGCAUUUAACGUAGCUGAUUUUGUGCCCUGCCUCGGUCCAUUUGAUUUUCAGGGAUUGACCAAGCGCUUAAAGAAAGUUAGCAAGACGAUCAAUCAACUCUUGGAGAAGAUAAUAGAUGAGCAUGAACAAGUUGCCAACACCAAGAGUGGGAAACAAGGCCAUGAGGACUUUGUAGACGUGUUGCUUGCGUUAACGAACCGACCGUUGAACCAGAAUGAUGAGCAAGUACACUUCUUUGAUCGAACAAAUGUGAAAGCCAUCUUACUAGACCUGAUAACGGCGGCUUUUGAUACUUCGGCCACAUCGAUUGUUUGGAGCCUUGCCGAGCUCUUGAGGCAUCCAAGGAUCAUGAAGAAUCUCCAAGAAGAGAUCCAAAGUGUGGUUGGUAUGGACCGAAUGGUGGAAGAAUCUGAUUUGCCCAAGCUGGAUUACUUGAGUAUGGUGGUAAAGGAGAGCUUCAGACUACACCCAGUUGCACCGUUACUAGUCCCACAUGAAUCCAUCGAGGACAUUACCAUCGAUGGAUAUGACAUACCCAAGAAGUCGCGGAUCAUAGUAAACAUCUGGAGCAUUGGAAGAGAUCCUAAUGUUUGGUCAGAAAAUGUUGAGGAGUUUUAUCCUGAAAGGUUCAUGAACAACAAUAUAGACCUCCGGGGACAUAACUUUCAGCUCAUCCCAUUUGGGUCUGGGCGAAGAGGGUGUCCGGGUAUGCAAUUAGGGCUAACCACAGUUCGACUAGUUCUGGCACAACUGGUUCAUUGCUUUAACUGGGAGCUCCCAAAUGGCUUGCUACCUCAAGACUUGGACAUGUCCGAGGAUUUUGGCUUAUCACUGUCAAAAGCCAAACACUUGCUUGCUAAGCCAACGUACCGUCUUACGUAGGUUAUUUUUUCAAUGUAAUUUUUUGAUUAAGGAAUCUUAUGUAGUUUGUUGGAUCUCAACAGACAUUCAUCCAUAGUUUGUUGGAUCUCAACGAGCAUUCAUCCAUCUAUUAUUCUGCAGCUUAAAC